AUGGAUCGUCUGCAUCGCAUGCUCCAAGCAGCCCAGGGAAUGGGUGUUGGAGGGAAUAAUGGAGAUAUCCCCAACCUCAUCGAUAACUCCGAAACCGUCCACAUCUCAUCGCUCGCUCUGCUGAAGAUGCUAAGACACGGUCGGGCCGGUGUGCCUAUGGAAGUCAUGGGUCUGAUGCUGGGAGAGUUCGUGGACGAGUACACAGUUAGGGUAGUUGAUGUUUUCGCCAUGCCCCAAAGUGGUACUGGUGUCAGUGUCGAAGCCGUGGACCCUGUUUUUCAAACGAAGAUGAUGGACAUGCUGAGGCAGACUGGACGACCAGAGACCGUUGUUGGCUGGUACCACUCGCAUCCUGGUUUCGGCUGCUGGCUUUCGUCCGUCGAUAUCAACACUCAGCAAUCCUUUGAACAGCUUACUCCCCGCGCCGUUGCCGUGGUCGUCGACCCCAUCCAGUCCGUCAAGGGCAAGGUCGUCAUUGAUGCCUUCCGUCUUAUCCAACCACAGACCGUCGUCAUGGGCCAGGAGCCCCGCCAAACAACAUCCAACCUGGGUCAUCUGAACAAGCCGUCCAUUCAGGCCCUCAUCCACGGCCUCAACCGCCACUACUACAGCAUUGCCAUCGACUACCGCAAGACCGGUCUCGAGGAGAACAUGCUGAUGAACCUGCACAAGCACGUCUGGACGGAGGCACUGCAGAUGAAGGACUUCCACGAGGAGGGUGAGCACAACGUUGAGCGCAUGAAACAGCUCGUCAGCCUCGCCGAGGGUUACGAGAAGCGGGUCAAGGAGGAGACCACUCUUACUAAGGACCAGCUCAAGACGAGAUACGUCGGCAAGGUCGACCCCAAGAAGCACAUCGAAGAUGUGAGCCAGCAGUUGAUUGAGGACAACAUCGUGGCCGUCUCGCGGCAGAUGAUUGACAAGGAGGCCUCGGUGGCACGGCAAUCAAACGGCAAGGAGAAUGGCACCGGCAUGGAGGUUGAUGAGGAGCUAUAG